UUUGUAUUUGCUUUCAUUUGCGUUUUGGCACAAUACUUUCAUUCUUUAUAGCCACUCAACAUGUUGUCUGUUUUUGCUUUCAUUUGAGUUUUCGCAUAAUAUAUUCUUAAUUAAAACUUAGUCACAUCUACUGUGAACCUUUUGAAGUGGCUUUUGAAAUUUCUUGCCGUAGGUAAACCCAUAAUUUUCUUGCAUUUGAUUUCUUAUAUAUCGACCAUUAAUUGUUGUUCCAACAAAAGAAUCAACUUCAAUUUUCUCUGCUUGAAUUAUGAAAUUAAUAGAGUUUUAUUCAUCUGUGUGAAGGAGAGGAGAAAAUUACACACUCUCUAGCUAUCUCGGUUAAGUUUUGUGACACAAAAAUGGCAGCAAGUGAGUUGAGCUAUGAAAAAGGUGAAUCCAGUGGUGGAAUCAAAGAUGGUGGUGAGUGGAUGAUAUCCAUAAUGGAAGAGAAGUCCUUGCCACCUCAACGAGAUAAAAUACAGAAGGUUGUACCACAACUACGGAAGGGCACACAAAAUAAUGAAUCCUUUGACCCUGCAAUCGUUUCUAUCGGUCCCUAUCACCAUGGCAGGCCAGAGCUCAAAGAAAUGGAAAUUUUCAAGGCCAGAAUGGCACGCUCGUUUGUAGCCGACAGUGAACGAGACAUCCAGGAAUUCCGUAACAAGAUCUUAGAAGUGGUCAGCGAUGCUAGGAGUUGCUACCUCGAUGGCUCAACAGAUGCAUAUGACGAUGAAGCAUUCGUCCGUAUGAUGUUCGUUGAUGGUUGUUUCCUUCUGUAUUUUAUUGAGAAAUAUUUGCAAAAUGAGUCCGAAGACUUGACGGAACUUUCUGAGCAUCUAGGCUAUGGUAGACAGCCUAUGUUAAUGGGGGACUUAAUUUUGCUGGAGAACCAACUUCCUUUCCUAGUUCUCCAAACCUUGGCGAGCACAAGAUGCCCAGAAGACCAAGGGAAGGGAUUUAUUAAUUUGAUUGAGACUUUCAUCGACAAGAGUUUUCUAACAGACUUGGAUUCGACAAGAAAGAAAAGAUAUUCAUAUAGUACCAAGUAUGACGGAGAUGAGCAACCCCUUCAUAUCCUAGAACUCGCGCGGAGAAGAUGUGUCUGCAGCCACUCCCCCGCCAUGACAGGACAAAUCAGCAGUUCGGAAGGGGAAGAGUCGGAAGACCAACCCCGUCGUUGUUCCUUCAACCCUCCCAGCUGGUCAAUUUUUGAAAAAAGAUUAAGAGGACAUAGAGCAACCAAGCAGGAGGACUCAGUCAAUGAUAUGUUUAGAAGCUCAUUUCGUUCAGCCACGGAACUUAAAGCGAGGGGAAUACAUUUCAGGCCUAGCAACACAUGCUUUUUGAACGACUUCACUUUCACUUCUCGAUGUCUUUAUGGAGUGGUAAAGAUUCCUCAAGUUUUGGUUGGCGACCAAACCAAGAAGGUCUUUCUGAACAUGAUGGCCGAUGAAUUGGCUCCCUCUAGAGUCGAUAAAUUGGACGUAUGCUGUUACAUCUAUUUCAUGAAUUCACUCAUAAAUGGAGCUGAUGAUGUAAUCGAGUUGCGAUCACACAACAUCAUUCAUAACUUUCUUGGCACUGAUGAAGAAGUGGCGAAACUAUUCAACGCCUUGUCUAGCUUCACUGUAAUUCCUAUUCAAACCGGUAAAAUUAAAGAUGUCACUGAGCGGAUUCAAGAGCACUACAAUAGCAAGAGGAAGACCUGGACGGCUCAGCUAUUGCACAACUAUUUUAGUAGUCCCUGGGCUGUUUUUGCUUUCUUUGCCGCAACUUUUGCACUCGUUCUCACUUUCAUUCAAACAUUUUUUCCUCGUAAUUAGCCAACAAAUUCAAGGUACAAGGACCAACAUGGGAGCAAUUUGGACACAUCGAUACAACUCUGAUGUACAACUAUUGUUUUUCAAAAUAAUUGUGUGUGUGUAGAGAGGAUUCAUAUAUGUUUCAAGGACAUUGAGUAAAUCAGUCAUGUGUGCGCUUUUAAAAGCAACUCAUUUCUAUUUCUGCUUUCGUUUUUUCUCCUAGUUAAUUUGCUUUUGGAGUGUUUAUUAUGUAAGAGCAUCUUUAAUAUGGAUUCAAUAAAUAAAGAAUU